GCGAAGGCAGGUGAGUUUCUGGCUGCUGCCGGCGGGUGCAGGGGCUGGGCCUCUCCGAGCUGGGGCGACCCCAGCCCAGCUCCUGGCCGGCGGGGGCCUGGCCCUGCCCAAUGCGCUAAACGCCGCGGCCAGGCUCCCUGCCAGAGGCCUCGCGCUCCAGCCCAGCACGGCGGCUGUCGACAGAGAAUGUGGAGAUCGGCUGCUGCUCACGGGUGUUGCUGUCCGCAGAGCCCUCUUUUAGAAAAACAAACCCGAAUGAAAUGAUGUGAUUGAUAGCUGAGGCUGAGAGGAAACAGCAAAGCUGGCCGUGAGCGAGCUGCUGGAGCUGCUGGUGGGCCCGUGGGAGUGCAUGUGCGGUAUCUCCGCCCGGGCUGGCGUUCCCAGUGAGACCAGGCCAGAAUGGGGGACUCCAGGGACCUUUGCCCUCACCUUGACUCCAUAGGGGAGGUGACCAAAGACGACCUGCUGCUCAAAUCUAAGGGAGCCUGUCAGUCGUGCGGUGUUUCUGGGCCGAACCUGUGGGCCUGUCUCCAGGUGGCCUGUCCCUACGUUGGCUGCGGAGAAUCCUUCGCCGACCACAGCACCAUCCAUGCGCAGGCACAAAAGCACAACCUGACCGUGAACCUGACCACCUUCCGGGUGUGGUGUUAUGCCUGCGAGAAGGAGGUGUUCCCGGAGCAGCGGCUGGCAGCUCCCCUGCCGGCCGCCUCACCCCGACUCUUUGAGCAGGACUCUCCGCUGCCCUCGCUCCCUCUGAAAGCCGUCCCCAUCGCCGUGGCCGACGAAGGGGAGUCCGAGUCAGAGGACGAUGACCUGAAACCUCGAGGCCUCACGGGCAUGAAGAACCUGGGGAACUCCUGCUACAUGAACGCCGCCCUGCAGGCCCUGUCCAACUGCCCUCCGCUGACCCAGUUCUUCCUGGAGUGUGGCGGCCUGGUACGCACGGACAAAAAGCCCGCUCUGUGCAAGAGUUACCAGAAGCUGGUGUCCGAGGUCUGGCACAGGAAGCGCCCAAGCUACGUGGUUCCCACCAGCCUGUCCCACGGGAUCAAGUUGGUCAACCCGAUGUUCCGAGGCUACGCCCAGCAGGACACCCAGGAGUUCCUGCGCUGCCUGAUGGACCAGCUGCACGAGGAGCUCAAGGAGCCGGUGGUGGCGGUGGCCGCGGCCCUGACGGAGGCCCGGGACUCGGAUCUGAGUGACUCCGACGAGAAGAGGGAGGGCGACCGGAGCCCGUCAGAGGACGAGUUCCUGUCCUGUGACUCCAGCAGCGACAGGGGCGAGGGCGGCGGUCAGGGCCGGGGUGAGGGCGGCUCGGCCGAGGCGGAGCUGCUGAUCGGCGAUGAGGCGGGCCGCGCCAUCUCGGAGAAGGAGCGGAUGAAGGACCGCAAGUUCUCCUGGGGCCAGCAGCGCACGAGCUCAGAGCAGGUGGACGAGGAUGCGGACGUGGACACCGCCCUUGCCGCCCUUGACCCCCGGCCCCCAGAGGCUCAGCCCCCAUCGCCACGGUCCGCCAGCCCCUGCCGAACACCAGAGCCUGACAAUGAGGCCCACAUGCGCAGCGUGUCCCGGCCCUGCAGCCCCGUCCACCACCACGAGGGCCACACCACGCUGGCCAGCAGCCCUCCUCGCGCGAGCCCCGUGAGGAUGGGGCCGGCCUACGUGCUCAAGAAAGCCCAGGGGCCGAGCACGGGCAGCCGGCGGCGGAAGGAGCAGCGCUACCGCAGCGUCAUCUCCGACAUCUUUGACGGCUCCAUCCUCAGCCUCGUGCAGUGUCUCACCUGUGACCGGGUGUCCACGACAGUAGAGACAUUCCAGGACCUGUCCCUGCCCAUCCCGGGCAAGGAGGACCUGGCCAAGCUGCACUCGGCCAUCUACCAGAACGUGCCGGCCAAGCCGGGCUCCUGUGGGGACAGCUACGCCGCCCAGGGCUGGCUCGCCUUCAUCAUGGAGUACAUCCGACGGUUUGUGGUAUCCUGUACCCCCAGCUGGUUUUGGGGGCCGGUCAUCACCCUGGAAGACUGCCUCGCUGCCUUCUUUGCUGCGGAUGAGCUGAAGGGUGACAACAUGUACAGCUGUGAGCGGUGCAAAAAGCUGCGCAACGGGGUCAAGUACUGCAAGGUGCUGCGGCUGCCCGAGAUCCUGUGCAUCCACCUGAAGCGCUUCCGGCACGAGGUGAUGUACUCGUUCAAGAUCAGCAGCCACGUCUCCUUCCCCCUCGAGGGCCUCGACCUGCGCCCCUUCCUGGCCAAGGAGUGCACGUCCCAGAUCACCACCUACGACCUCCUCUCGGUCAUCUGCCACCACGGCACGGCGGGCAGCGGCCACUACAUCGCCUACUGCCAGAACGUGAUCAACGGGCAGUGGUACGAGUUCGAUGACCAGUACGUCACCGAGGUCCACGAGACGGUGGUGCAGAGCGCUGAGGCCUACGUCCUCUUCUAUAGGAAGAGCAGCGAGGAGGCCGUGCGGGAGCGGCAGCAGGUGGUGUCCCUGGCCGCCAUGCGGGAGCCCAGCCUGCUGCGCUUCUACGUGUCCCGGGAAUGGCUCAACAAGUUCAACACCUUCGCCGAGCCGGGGCCCGUCACCAACCACACCUUCCUCUGCCCCCACGGAGGCAUCCCGCCCAACAAGUACCACUACAUCGACGACCUGGUGGUGAUCCUGCCCCAGAACGUGUGGGAGCACCUGUACGGCAGGUUUGGGGGCGGGCCUGCUGUGAACCACCUGUACGUGUGCUCCAUCUGCCAGGUGGAGAUCGAGGCGCUGGCCAAGCGCAGGCGGAUUGAGAUCGACACCUUCAUUAAGCUGAACAAGGCGUUCCAGGCCGAGGAGUCGCCCGGCGUCAUCUACUGCAUCAGCAUGCAGUGGUUCCGCGAGUGGGAGGCCUUUGUCAAGGGCAAGGACAACGAGCCCCCCGGCCCCAUUGACAACAGCAGGAUCGCGCAGGUGAAAGGCAGCGGCCACAUCCAGCUGAAGCCGGGCGCCGACUACGGGCAAAUCUCCGAGGAGACCUGGGCCUACCUGCACAGCCUGUACGGCGGCGGCCCCGAGAUUGCCAUUCGGCAGAGCGUGGCCCAGCUGCCGGACCCCGACAGCCUGCACGGGGAGCAGAAGAUCGAAGCCGAGACCCGGGCCCUGUGACCUCCGGGCCGCUCUGUGAGCCCCUCCUCCUUCUUAGAGACCCUCUCGUGUCCCUGAGCCUGGGCCCUGAGCCUGGGCCCUGAGCACACCUCCAGGAGGCGCUGGGAGGACCUGGCUGGGCCCGGCCUGUGCCCUCCUCCCUGCAGAGGGCGUUUGCGCUGCGGGGCCCAGGUGUGUGAGAGGCAGAGUGUUAGGUCCCAGUGAGACGCUGGGACGGGAGCCACCCCCUCGGGCUGGUCCACACCACGGUCAGCGGCGUUUACUCGGGUCUUCGUCCUGGACGUGCCCACAUGUCCCUGUCGUCGGGUCCCCAACCUGCCUCCCGCCAGCGGAGGCCUGGUUUUUGUCCCGAGUUCUCAGCGGCGUGGCUUUGGGACAGAGGGCCGGAGAGGCUGCGGCUUUGUGGGCAUUUCCCACGGGUGCCUGGUCCAGCCCCCGAGGCCCGCGGCAGAGGCAGAGCAGAGCCGAGUGCCCGCCUCACCCCGCACCUCCUCGUGGUCAGAGAGGCUCCGAACCCUGGGCGCUGGGACUCGAGGGGCUGUGUCCGGAGGCAGCUGGCCCCCGCACCCCCCCUGUGCUGUGAGCCGCCCCCAGUGGCUGGACUCUGAGAGAGAAGCGCUCCCUCCCGCACACGCCCAGCUGCGCAGGCCUCGGCUGGAGGUGUGGCCCGGGCAGCUGGCACACGGAGCGUGUUCUGGAUGCUGAGUGAGGCCACUGUGCCCUGACCUCCAAGCACAGCUUCCAUGGAGGACGCAGCUGAGCCUGAUGCUCACCUUGUUGGGCCAAAGUGAAGUGGGGGGAGGGAGGGUCCUGGGACCAAAGCCCCCAAGUACCGUGGACUUCAGUCUCGAAGCGGCAGAUGUGGCGGAAGUCCCAGCGGGCAGAGCCCUGUGGCUCAGGCCUGCGACCUUGUUCUCCAGGACCUGGGGCCUUCCCCAGGCGAUCACAGAGCAGCCCCGUUGGGUGUGUGGGCGCUGCUGCUGCACCGCGGGGACGCCAGCACGGAGCUUCCGCGGUGCGGGCUGGAAGCUGGCCCACGUCUGCGCCGUGUAGUCUGUGUGCGAGACGCAUAAUAAAUCCACCCGCGUUCCCCACA